AACAAUAAGAUUAGGCAUCUUUAUUUUAGAGUGUUUAUGUAGAAGCCCAUCAAAUAGAUGGGUAGCUCCGUGUGUUCUGUGGGUGGAGAUUGAGGACCUCCUCCUAAAAAAACAGUCAACACAAGCCAGCUUGGCUACAAGGAGCUUCGCUGUUACAAAAAUUGAGCUCUGUUAAAAAAAAUUUUUUUUUAGACCUUCACACAGCCAUCUAUUUAUUGAUUGGAUCGGUUUCCUAACCACCAUUAAACAAAGAUGAGUCAGGCGGAGCAGGUGCCCGAGGACGUGCCUGCAUACCACGAAGAUGAGCCAGUAGCAACAGACACAGACAAGGACCGCCCACAGACACAACCGGGCAUGUUCAGCCGGUUGGCCGGGGGGUUGUAUGGAGCCACAAAAGCCACGGUGGGGGGUGUGACCUGGAUAGGAGGAAAGAGCCUGGACCUUACCAAGACAGCUGUGUGCACUGUAGCUGCUGUGCCUGCAGCUGGAGUGGGGCUGGUGAAAGGGGGAGUGUGUGCUGUAGCUGGAGGAGUGACUGCUGUUGGAUCUGCAGUGGUCAGCAAAGUUCCCAUAGGUGGCAGCAAAAAGAAGGACAAAUCUGACUGAUGGAGGGGGGGUGGAGGGGAUGAACACGCAGCUGAGAUGAACAGCUCAGACUGAUCGUUUCUGCUUCGGUGAGCAAAGAAAAGAGCUGCAAAGGACCUUUAAGUUCAGUAUCCAAGUUUUUGGUGUUGGUUUUAGGUUACUGAUUAGAAAUGUGCGUUCAUUCAAUUAUGUGUCCAAGAAUUAUAUUCCAGCGAAGCACACCAGAGAGAGAUGUGAAAGUUUAUUGCAUGACAAUCAGUGAUGAUCUAUACCUGGAGGGGUUUCCUACAAGUAUUUCACUUCGAACUGAAACACUGUCAAAGGUCCAGUGAGACUUUUAUUUUUUAUUUUUCCAGUUUGUUCUGAAGUAAACGUGACAUCCCUGAUCAAAACCAUUGUAUGAAAAGUUUUUGU